AUGUUAUCUCAACAUACCCCAGGGUCACAGAAGAAUGAAGCUCUCAAUGAACCGGUCCCCCAGAAAAGAUCCCAAAGCACAUUUGGUAACAGACUUGCAGAUCUAUCCUCGUCAAGCGAAUUUUUGGUUGUCAGCAAAGUGAGACAAAAGGAAGAAGCUCGGAGUUUACUCAAGAGCAUCAGAUCUUCUAGAAAUAGCAUGCCAAAUAUCAGAGAAAUCCCUCACAAUACUUAUCUGUUGAAAAUCAGAUAUGAUGAAGAAGGAAGGCCGAUCAAGAGGACAAUUGUAGGGACGAAAGAUCAAUACGAAAAUCCUCAGAAACAGAGAGAGAAACGAGGCUUCUCAUUGAAACGGCUCAGAGAUGAAUUUAUCUUAAAGCCUCUCAAUAAACCUCAGAAGCCUAAAGCAGGAAAGUUUAUCAAUGCUAAAGUAACAUUUGAUCCGAUAUUUGGCCAAAAGAAAUCCCAAAGUUCUAUAGUUGAUGAGCGAUAUAAAACAAUUUCGAUCCCUAGAGGUGGGGAUAACUUUAAAAAUGUCUAUGCAAAGAAAUUCUCAAACCGAGAUUUGGAAAAUUUCAUAAAUGAAUAUAAACACAGGAAAGUGGAGGAAGAAGAUAUCUCUGAACUUUACAGCAGCAUCUUCCAUACUUCUCUCAGCUCAAUCCAGAGUUUAAAGAAUGCUCCAAAAGAGUUCCUUCAUUGGCAAGAUAAAGACAGCAGAUUUCUACAGAAUUAUGAAAAACAGCGUAAAACAUGGAGAAAUAAGGCAAUGUCGUUGGGUAAAAAGAUAAAUUCCAGAGACCCCAGGGAUAAUCUCAUCAAAAAGUCCGAUGCUUUUCAUGAAGAAACUCUUGUCAAAUCCGGAGCUCUCUCUCCUGAGAAGAACUACUAUAAAAGCAUGAAUAGCUGGUAUGCUAGCUUGAGGAAAACUAACAAAGAAGAUGCUAGACAUAGUAACUUUAUCAAAUAAUUCAGAUGGAAAAGACCCUAUUUAUAUCCACGAGACAUGCCAUUUUAGAGACUUGAACAUCAUCAAGAGACCUAAGGAAUUAGAGAUGUUUGAGAAUCACAACUCCAAGUCUAGAUGUUUGAAGCACAUGCCUAAUACCAAACAGUCAAUUAAAGCAAUCCAGAGAAUAAACUCUGUUGGAAGUCUGAUGAUUAAAGGUGUCAACAAGUUUGACAGAGAAAUGGAGUAUAUUAAAAGUAUACCCGAAGACAAGAGGUUUAUUGUAGAUAAUAUCCCUGAAGAAGAAAGAAAUUCACCUUCACAAUAAUUUCUGGAAUAUUAAAACCACUCAACUAUAA